AUAAAAAACUUGGGAAACAACACACGCACACACUUUGAACGUGUUCGUCGCGGAUCCCACAUCGCAGACUGGAAGUUAUUUUUGGAAGAAGAAGAAGAAGAAGAAAGUAGAGCGACUCCUUCCACGCCACGUCCCGGCCAGGAGGGAGGACCUCCUGGAGGAGCGCGGAGGGAGCGCGCCGGGUCGCCGACUCACGUCCUCCGUCCUGGAAGUGAGGCGCGGGACAGGCGGAGGAGAGAGCGCGGCGGAGCUGGAGGUGGGGGCGGGCGGGCCGGCGGGGAGGAGGAGGAGGCUGGAGGUUGGAGAGGGGGAAGAGUGUGCGUAACUGCGUUGAACUGGAGCGGACUUCAGCUUCCCCGCAUCUUGGAGAAACAAGAUCCGAGUCCCCCCUCUGCUGCCUCUGUGCUCAUCCGCCACAGAUACGAACCCCGGACCUUCUGGGCAGAGGAGGAGAAAGGCUUUGCUACUGUCACCAUUUCUUCUUCUUCUCCUCCUUUUGAGGCAGUUUUGUGUCUGGAAUUAGGUGGGAUUAUUUCUCCUCCAGUUCCGCUCCGGGUCACCUGGCUCCUCUCGGGAUUCAGGAUCACUUCCAUCCAGUCGUCAGGUAAGGAGCCAGUGGCGAAUAGGGAGAUGAAGACGUUAUCUCUCCUCUCCCUUCUCCUCCUCUUUGCCUCGGGAGCCUGUGACGAUGUCAAGUACAUCACCAAGAGAAAUUCAGUGGACGGCUGCAUCGACUGGUCGGUGGAUCUGAGGGAGUACCACGUCCUGGCCGGCGAGCCCGUUCGGGUCAAAUGUGCCUUGUUCUACAGCUACAUACGCACCAACUACACCAUGGCCACCAACGCCAAGCUGCGGCUCAUCUGGUACAAGAACAAAGGAGAUGCGGAGGAGCCCAUCAUCUUCUCCGGUCACAGGCUGAGCAAAGAAGACGACUCCAUCUGGUUUAGAUCUGCUGAAGUGGAAGAUAACGGCUUCUACACGUGCGUCCUAAGGAACUCCACCUACUGCAUGAAAGUGUCCAUGUCGAUGACCGUGGAGGAGAGCGACGAGGGGAAGUGCUACAGCAGCAAAAUCCGGCACCUGGAGAAGGCCGAGGUGACCCACAGCAAAAUGAUCACCUGUCCCGACAUCGAAGACUAUCUGGCUCCGUACAAACAACCUCAGAUGACCUGGUAUAAGGAGUGCGAGCGAGUGGAAUGGAGGAGCUCCGUUACCGUCAACACGACGCACGUCUGGAUUCCUGAGGUGGAGGAGGGCGACGCCGGGAACUACACGUGCGAACUGCAGUACGGGUCCAAGCAGGUGCGGCGGACAACGCAACUCAAAGUGACAGCGCUCCAGACGACUCAGCCUCCCAAAGUCCUUUUCCCUCCAGAGAGACAAGACACGGUGAUAGAAAUCACGCCUGGUAUGCCCCUGAGUCUGGACUGCAAGGCCUUUUUCGGCUACAGCGGAGAAAACAGGAGACCCAUCAUCUACUGGAAGAAAGGAGAGAAGUACGUGGAGGAGCUGGCGGGACACAUCAAAGAAAGUGAAACCAUGAUCUUGAGGGAACAUUUAGGCGAGAAGGAAGUGCAGGUGUCGCUGACGUUUGACGCCGUGGAGGAGGCAGAUCUGGCCAAUUACACCUGCUACGUAGAGAACCGCAUCGGGAAGCGCAGCGGGAGCGCAAUACUGCAGAAGAAAGAUAUGUAUCGCCUGGAGCUGGCGGGCGGCCUUGGGGUCAUCCUGCUGCUGCUGGGGAUCCUAACCGCGCUUUAUAAGUGCUACAACCUGGAGAUUAUGCUCUGCUACCGGAGACACUUCGGGAGCGACGAGACUGAAGACGACAACAAGGAGUACGACGCCUACCUGUCCUAUACUAAGGUUGACCUGGACUCUUUGGGCAGGACGAGCAGCGACGAGGAGACCUUCGCUCUGGAGAUUCUGCCGGAUGUUCUUGAAAAGCAUUACGGAUACAAACUAUUUAUACCAGACAGAGAUUUAAUACCCAGCAGUACCUACAUUGAGGACUUGGCGCGCAGCGUGGAGCAAAGCAGACGUUUGAUCAUUGUUUUGACUCCAGAAUUUGUUGCCAAAAGAGGCUGGAGCAUCUUCCAGAUAGAGACCCGUCUUCACUCCAUGCUGGUUACAGGAGAGAUCAAGGUGAUCAUGAUAGAGUGCGCAAACUUGAAGAAUGUCAUGAACUACCAAGAGGUGGAUGCACUGAAGCAUACGAUCAAGGUCUUAUCUGUUAUCAAGUGGAGGGGUCCAAAGAGCAACGAGCUGUCCUCCAAGUUUUGGAAGCAGGUGGUCUAUGAGAUGCCGGCUAAACGCAGAGAGACUCUGUCCAGACGUCAGGUGAUGGACUCCGGUGAACAGGGCCUCUUUGGCGACCUGCAGACAACUGUCUCCACCAUCGCCAUGACGACCACCUCUGCCUCACUAGCCCCCCCCAAUGAGAAUCGCCAUGGCCAUCAUCAGGUUGCCUUGGCAACGGAGAUCCCCGACUACAACCAGAUGACCUUGCCACUGGGAGGGGGUCACACUGCUACAGCGGCACAAAUGCGGCACUUCUGCCGCAGCUACGAGUUCCAGCUUCCCCCACAGCCUUCUUCCAUGUCGCCCCCGCUCCCGCCUCCCUCCACGGUGCAGUUCUCCACCCUGGGCCCCGGGGGGCGCCAUGUCUAUUGCAACAUCCCCAUGACGCUGCUGAAUGGCCAGGUGUCUCAGAGCAGUACGCUUGGGAAGAAGCCAGACCUCCACCUGAACAGCACCUUCGUACCGCUCACCAGCAGAGAACUAAGCUCUGACAUCUGGUAGACUGAUGGCUCAGUCAGUACCCGUUUAUGGACCACUGAGCAGACGCCUUCUGGUGGAUUGCUUGUACAACUGGACUUUGUUUGGGGGUGGGGUUGACUUUGUACAGACUUGGGAAUUAGACAGCUCCUCGAAGACUGCCUGAUGACUGCUACUGGGUCACUUCUUACCACAUCAUGAACAAAGAACCUUGGUGGAUCAGGCAUGUCUUGAAUCUUAAGUGUACUGGACAAAGACAAAUUCUAAGAACUAUUACUCUCCAUGAUGAGGAGAGCGAACUGGCUGCAGACUGACACCAGCUUGGAUAGCAAAAAGUCAACCAUUGCAAAGGAAGUGCUGCUGCUGACUGACCAACAACAUGGACCCUCACUGGGCAGUUUUUAGACAGAUGUGUGGACGAAAGUACGAGAAAAGACUGAACAGGGUCCAGGAACCCUAAAUGAUUAGUAUGUGCAGGCUCUGGGGAUUCUAUCUGUCCAGGCAGCUACCAAGUUGCAUCUUAGAGCACAAAAAGGUUUCUCGAUCGCAGAUUGUUCUCACACCAGCUUCUAUGGAAACCGGUUGACUUGGAGUCUACUCUCCACAGAAGGGUCAGUCGGCAAAUUCUGUCAUUCUUUUCCUGAAUGUAGGUCAGUCCUUGGGAAAUCAGCCUACCUGUUGACUACUGUAAUACUCCACCUUAAAACAACAAGUCAACCUCUUGAAGCACUAUAACUAGCUAGCUGGUUUGGCUCAUAGAAACCGAGCUGGUUGACUUUGAAAUGUUUUUUUGUUUUGUUUUUUUUUACAAUGUAAACCAUUAACUAAAAUAGCAGAUUUUUUUUUCUUAGGAACUAUUCAAAUAAAUAGCUAUCAGCUUACUGAAAGCUAGCUUUCAGUUGUACGAUCAUAACAGGUUUCAAUGGGCUAACUGAAACCUGUUAGCUAACUGUAAACUAGCCUUCAGUUAGCUAACAGCUUUCAGUUGGUGGUAGAUGGUAACCGUCUACCAUAACCUCCAAAUGUAGUCGACACGGGGAAGCAGACGGAAUCGGAGAUGAUCCAUUACCACCGAACUAAAUCAUAUCACGGACUUGGCUUCUUCUCUAUUUGCAUGACCCACCCAUUUAGAAACCAGAAGACAAGCCAAUAAACAUAGGUAAAAGAGAAAAAUGACACCAUCAUUUGUUGCAGCCUCUUUUUUGUUUUUGUUUUUAUAUCAAACCUGUUGUGUUGAUGCAGUAUGUUCUGUUUCCUGUCUGGCCAUGGCGUGAUGGUUAAAAACUGACAAAAAGGGAAAAAAGGAGGUUUCCCUCCGAUAAAAACUUUUAUAUUUAUUUGAUCAUGUUUAAUUUACGAGCUUAAUCCUCUUUGACUGGUUUUUUUUUCACAAAGAUUUGUUUUUACUGCCCGUUCGUUACAAGAAUCUCUGUACAGUUUCCAUUACUUCUGUAUAGAUCCGAACAUGACGGUGACUUGUUCUCUAGGUUUUCCACUAGCGUCCACGUGCUCCAGAGGCGUUCCGUUUUUGUUCUCUUCCUCGUUUAAACGGAGAGGUCGAUGGAUCCCCCCCCCCUACCGACGGACUGAGGUUUUAAACUCUAGCGCCGCCUGUCAGCCGAAGGGAGGCAGGGCGGCCCCACCGCAGAAGCCGCUCGAAAACUCCAAGCUGAAUCAAACAUUCUUCUUUUUGAGCUUUAAAAGAAAUAGUUUAGACCGCAAUAUUUAAGCAAUGUGGAUAAUGUUUUGAAUUCACACAAAAGGUACUGUCAUUGUCCUAUUACAACCAAUGAAAUUCUGGACAUUUUGAGGAUGUUUGAUACAAUAAUUAUGAGUUGUUAUAUUCGAUGGCAAUAUACGGUAUAAUAGUUGUUUGGAUUUUUUUUCCCUUUCUGCUCAUUUCUUGAACUAUUCUUUGAAUAUAUUUGUUGACAUUAUUUAACUGAGAGCAAAUAAAAAUGCAUUAGUUGUU